GAAUUGUGUCUUUAACAUCUUUCAAACUUUGUUUUAACACUGUAACGUCAUCAUGAAUUCUUUGUUUUGAAGAAAAAAGCAUUCUGUGAUCGAGAACAAAAGUAGAGAACAAAUUGGUAAAAUAUAAAACAUUUGGGUUGUAUUUUUAGGAAAAACGGUCUAUUUCCCCAUGAGAAGUAUGCUUAUCACGCCAAAUAGAGCCCGUUCUUUGACCUAUGUCUAUAUGUCCAUGAAACGGAAGUUAAACACUUAUUUCCCCCCUAAUUGGAAGUUCGAUAUCUUAAUCUCCCCGAUUCUGAAAGCUGGAGAUGUAUAACCCCAUCGUGCUGGGUUUACUCGGUUUACUGUAUAUCGAAACCUAAUUAAACCGACUAAACCUAAUUCGAACCGAAAUAAACCUAAUUACUACCCGAUUACAACCCGAUUUCAUUCACUUACCCCAAAACGAAAUUUCUCGACGAACCCUAGAAACUCAGAAUCGAAAAUCGAAGCUCUUCGAUCUGCUGCUCAAAAUCUUGGAGAUGUCGGUAGUUCCUCAUGAUCCUGAUGUUCUCGGCGAAGCCGAAGCCGUCGGCGAUGUCGAUCCUGAAGCUAAUGACAGAGAUGAAUUUCACAUGGAAGAGAUGCUAAGGGAGUGGACCGACGAACCACCAAUCCGCCACGAUGUGUACCCGGAGAGUGAGAAUGAAGAAAACGACGACGAACCUGGAAGAUUUGAUACACAUGUAAGGCGUGGUGAUGGCCAUUUGUACUCGAAGCAGAGUUUCUUCAGUGGAGUUGCAUUCAAAGAGGCGGUUGUUGAUUACGCUCUCAGAACCGGAUGCAAUCUGAAGCAGUACAUGUAUGAUAGUGAUAAGAUUGGAUUCAAAUGUGUUGGAAAUGAUGGUAAGGAGGAUGGAGCUCGGUGUGAAUGGCAAGUUUAUGCGGCAAUACUUCCGAAGGAUCAAAUGUGGAAGAUUAGGAAAUUCAUUGACAAACAUAGCUGUAUCCCAAAUGGAGAAUGUGAGAUGUUUAAGGUGCCUCAUAUAGCUAGGUUGUUUGUCGACAAGAUUAGGGAUAAUCCCGAGUUCUACAUGCCGGCAAAGAUUGAAGAAAUCAUCUUGGAACAAUGGAAGAUUAGUGUGACUAGGAAUCAAUGUCAGUCUGCGAGGAAGAAAGCGUUACAGUGGAUUGAGAAGGAGUAUGAUGAUCAAUUUGCAAGGCUAAGGGACUAUGCGGCUGAGAUUGUAGAUUCAAACAAGGAGUCACAUGUUGAGGUAGAUUGUCUGACGACUGAUGAUGGUAAAGACAUCUUUAAUAGGUUCUAUGUUUGUUUUGACAGCCUUAGAAGAACAUGGAAGGAUUCUUGUAGGCCUCUGAUAGGUAUUGAUGGCUGUUUUCUAAAGAAUAAGGUUAAGGGACAGUUACUGGUAGCAUUAGGUAGGGAUGCUAACAAUAGGAUCUAUCCUAUAGCUUGGGGUGUGGUUAAGGUAGAGAACACAGACAAUUGGGUUUGGUUUGUGAAGCUGUUGAAAGAGGACUUGGGUUUAAGCAAUGGUGAAGGGUUCAUCAUGAUGUCUGAUAGACAAAAGGGUUUAAUCAAAGCUGUUCAGCUUGAGUUACCUAAUAUAGAGCAUCGGAUGUGUGUCCAACACAUCUAUGGGAACUUAAAGAAGACUCAUGGUAGUAAAACCAGGAUAAAGCCACUGCUCUGGGAUUUGGCUUGGGCCUAUAAUGAAAAAGAUUUUAAGCAGCACUUGGAGAAGAUAUUCUGCUAUGACAGUGUUAUCUACAAUGAUGUGAUGAAAACAAAUCCAAGGAGUUGGUCCAGGGCAUUCCAGAAAGUAGGCAGCUUCUGUGAGGAUGUUGACAACAACUCAGUGGAGUCUUUCAAUGGAUCUUUGAACAAGGCAAGAGAGAAGCCAUUUGUUGCAAUGUUAGAGACUAUCAGAAGAAUGGCCAUGGUAAGGAUUGCCAAAAGGUCUGUAGAAUCCCAUACUCACACAGGUGCAUGUACACCUUAUGUUGCCAAGUUUCUAGCUGGUGAACACAAGCUCGCUUCUACUGCCAAAGUAUCUACAAGCACCAAUGGAAUGUAUGAAGUGAGGCAUGGUUCUGAUUAUCACCGAGUAGACUUAAAGGCAUACACUUGUACAUGCAGGAAGUGGCAGAUCUGUGGCAUCCCGUGUGAGCAUGCAUAUGGAGUCAUUCUCUACAAGAAGCUUGAACCUGAGAACUUUGUGUGUCAAUGGUUCAGGACAGCAAUGUGGAAAAGAAACUACACGGAUGGCGUCUGUCCACAAAGAGGACCUAAGUUCUGGCCUGAGAGUCAUAGGCCUAGAGUCCAUGUGCCUGAGUCAGUAGAAGGAGAAGACAACAAGAUGACAAAAGCUGAGAAAAAAGAAAAAAGGGUUUGAAUGAGUCUCCUAGUAAGAAGCAGCCAAAGGCAAAGAAAAGAAUCAUGCAUUGUCGUGUUUGUGGGCAAGCUGAUCACAAUUCAAGACACCAUGCUAAAGAUAAGGUAUGUGAGAUUCUUGUUGUGUUUGUGGCAUUUGUUGGAUUAUACUAACACUUGAUGUAAUUUUGCAGGCUUCUCAUUUUGUCUCGCAGCCUUCUCAACCUGAACCAAGUCAAGGUUCACUCACUCAAGCUUGAUCCAAGGAGUAGAAGACUGUCAUAGGGUAGAAGAACUAGGGUACUUAUAUUGUGGUUGUCUCAUUGUAAUUUUCGACCACAUUGUUUCUACGGCUAAAUGGAUGUUUUGUUUCUACGGCUAAAUGGAUGUUUAGGAUGAAUGCUAUUUUGAAUGUUA